UUUUCUAUCUGCUAUGGAGAUGUAAGCAUUGUAAAAUCUAACAUCCCCUCUUUCUCCUCUCUCCAUGUGUCCUCCUCAGUGUCCAGGUCCCAGAUGUCCUCAGAGAAGCAGGAGGCACUGAUGGAGAACAUGACCCGUAUGGGGGACCACUCCCGGGAGCUCCAGCAGUCCCUGGGCGACAUCUCCUCUCAGGCAGACCUCCUGGAGAAAAUCUGGAAGCUGGAGAGCCUGUUCCAGAACCACAAUGAGUCCUUACAGCAGCUGGGCCGGGCAUUGCACGGCCUGGAGAGGGACAUCAGGGAUCUGCAGGGCCACUCCCAGUCGACAGACAGCACAGUGGAGCAGCUGGGGGACCGUGUCUCUGCCCUGAACCGAUCGUCCCAGAGGAACAUGAGUGGGCUGAGCAACCAGCUGGCCCAGGCCUCUGUCUCGCUGCACGACCACGACCUACUGCUGAGGAGCGCAGCGGAUCAGGUGGACCAGCUCAAGGAGAGGCUCGAGGAGGUGGGAUGGACGGUGGGCGCGGUCAACCACACAUUCACAAGUGACAUCAGCAUCCAUCACCUGAAGAUCCAGGACCUGCAGGUGCAGAUCAGCAACGUGAGCCAGGACACACGGUACAUGAGGGAGACACAGGUGCAGAUGGAGGAGACGCUGAAGAACGAGGUGGAGAUCCUCAGCACCAUCACAGAGGACCUGAGGCUCAAGGACUGGGAGCACUCCAAUAUCCUCAAGAACAUCACCUUCCUAGAAGGUAAUAACGGCCCCAUCACUAAUCACUGGCUAGAAUUAAGUUUAUGUCAUGACUAACCCCCUAGAGUUGAUUGACGCACCGGUGUGUCAAUCUAAGUUACAUAGCAAAAAAAUCCCCAUCAAAAUCUGUCAGUUUAAGCUAGAGAUAUGUGUUACUGUAUAUCUCGCACUUUCGCGGUGAAAGGUGGCAGAGCUAGAGCGGUGUUUGUCAGACCAUGACACAUCCCGGAAAUCUGUCUUCUCACAAAAACGUCUGUGGAAUCCAAACGGUUUGACCUAGAAACUAUUAUGACCACUCUAUGGAAAGGGGAGACUCUCACAAAUGUUAUCCGUUUUGCUCUACGACCCCACAGUAACCGGUACUGGUUUUAAAAAACGAAUGUAAGUCUGAAGGUUGUUUUGUGCCUACCCAAAAAAAGGGGUUAAAUAUGUGUAAAAAUAUAUAUAUAUAUAUUUCCUGAGUGUUCCUGAGUAUGUUUUGACUGUCCUUUUUGCCAUUAAUGAAUUUGCUAUUCAAUGCUUUUCUAUGGUCUUUAGUUGUAAAGGCCAAAUUCAAUAUUUGAUCAAAUAAUUUUUGGAUACUGUAUAUAUUUUUGGGACCUAAAGGGGUCCUAAAAUUCCAAAUAAAAUAGCUAAAUGAUCCAUAGUAUGACCAUUUAAAAACAAUUCCUUAUGUCAUCUUAGCACCCCCCAGUGCUAAGAUGCCUAGAUAAACAGUGGUAUAUCUAGGCUGGAAACCAUUGUGGGUUAAAUUUAGAAGCCUCCAAAACCAAGGAACUCAGCCCUGUCAUUAGUUCCACCUCACAUCACAUUUGUUUGUCAUUAAGCGUGGGUUUAGCCAGGAAAGCUGCACACCUCGCCAUAGUACUUGGUGUUUCUGGCCUGAUGCCUCCUCUCCCUCCCUCCCUCCCUCCCUCCAUCCCUCCAUCCCAAUGCCUUUUGCUUAUGUUUCAUGCCUACCUUCCAAUUUGGCAGCAGGUGUACAAAUGAGAAGGGAAAAAAACAUAUUACAAAAACACACAUUUUAGCAAAGUUGAGAGGCGGAUUAAGAAACUGUGAUGUGUUGGUCUGAGGAGAGUGUUAGCAUGGAAACAUUUAUAAUCAUCACACAGCCACUUGAUUAACAGUAAUGACCUCAGGAGUGACCUGUUUGCUGUUUUAGUGAAAUGUCUUCUGGCUGGGAGGAGCAGUGUGUCCAUUGACUUAAUUCUCAUGGAAAUGUGAUUUUCAUUAUAUGAACAUUGAUCUAGCGCUAUUUUCGUUAUUCACCAGUGGUGAAACAAAACAAGGAAAAUGUUAUGUUCUUUUAGAUAAUUUGAUAAAUGGACAUCCUGGUGUAAAACAAUAUCAGUCACCUUAAAAAGCCCCCCAAAAAGUUUUGGGGCCGCACUCUUCCUUAGAAAGCUAAUGUUUUUAAAUAAUCUAUCUAUCAGCUUGAUACCAAACGUGUCAAAACGGAUUGACAUGCAAAUAGCCCAUUACUAACAUAUGGUUUCUGUUCAGCCAACUCAGAUUUGCUGAUCCAUUAUACAGCACCACAUAUUGUUGCUUCACAGACAGCUCUUAAUGUAAAAUUUACACGGGUUGACCCUCAUGUAGGAUGUUUGUUUUUGUUGAACAUUCUCAAUUUCAUUAAUAGAAGACUCUAAAUAAGAAGUGAGGAGUGAUACCAUUGAUCCCACUAAAACAAACCAGUCACCACCCAAUUCAAUUCAGUGGUUUCUCCUUCAGGCCCCCCAGGGUGAUAUGACUUCUAAGUCAACCUGACUUCUCACUAGCCACUAUUUCACUCUGAUAGAUUAAGGUUUUCCCAGUAAAGUUUCAGGCCAGGCCAGGGGAUGUGGAGUGGCUCAAAGCAUGGCCAGGACAGUAUCUUAGGCUCUACAGAUGUAGGAUCUUAAUUUGAUCAUCCUGUUGCAAGAGAACUUUCCUGCAAUGCAGGACAUUUUAAACUUGUAGUGUAUUUGAGGUUUAAUUUCCACUUUGAAAUGUCAGACUUGAUUUUCCCUUACGAAAAAUAUGUCAACUCCUACAAAAAUGUCAAUUAAUUGUAAUCCACAUAAUAAUUCACAUUUCCUGUUGCUGCAGGAUUAUCUUCCUGCUGUAGCAAACUGGCUCAAAUUAAGAUCCGACAUCUGUAAUGAUCAGAUCACACCAUUAUGUGAAAGGCUACUUUGGAACAUGUCAGUUGGACAAAACAAGACUAAUGUCUAACUAUUCCAUUGUGGUGUACCUUGUGUAACAUGUGCUUUCCAUCGUGGCCAAGCUAAUUCUACAAACAAGUCUGAAGUCAGUCAACUGGAUCCAAGUACAACAAACCAUUGAACGAUGUCCCUUAACCAUGUUUCAGACUCAGAUUAGAGGGUGUGGUGAAACAAGAAUGACAUACCAAAAGGAAACCAGUUAUUUAUGGGAUUACACAACUUCAAUAAUCAUAUUGUCUUCAUAUUACAGUAUAUUCAUCAGUUUAUGUUAUCUCAGGAUCAACUCAAUGUUUUAAUUAUGUUGUUUUCAACAGGGCCUCCAGGACCAAAGGGUGAGAAGGGCGAUGUGGGGCCACUUGGGGCUCCUGGUGUGGCAGGCCUCACAGGGAUGAGAGGUUCGUACACUGUACGGUACUGUCAUUUGUCCUAUUAUAGCUUUCAACAUACAUUACUUUAUUCAACCAUUUUUCAACCAUUUCUUCGAAACGUAUCUUACUGUAAUUGGCCCUGGUCACAGUUGUGAAAUAUGUAAACCCUCAUAGACCCUCAAAGACAGAUUUCCAAGAAGAAUGCUGAAAGCAAGCCUCCCUUCAGGAACAUGGGACAUGGUUAUUUGUCAUAGCCAUCCAAAACACUCUUCCCACCACAUUCAGAAUCUCAGUCAUUCCACUAUCCUACUUAUUAACGGGUUGGGUACUCCAGUACAUUACCUUGUGAGUAAUGCAGUGACAAUAUCUUCAAAUCACUGAUUUAUCAGGGGUUACCUAGUGAACAGGACCACCUGUGGUUCCAAACCCAUAAAUCCACUCUGUCUGCUAACAACCUAAUAACAUCCCCCCAACUGGGCUCAAAGCAACCUGGGAAAGGGAGUAAGGGCAUUCCCUUAGAUAGUCUUUCAUGACAUAAUGAAAUGAUGAAUUGGAAAAUGUUAUUAAGGCAUGCAAUCGACCCAUCGUACUUAAAUAUCCCGAUAAGAUAGGUUUGUUUUCAUUCUUUGAAAUGCAUGCCAGAUAUCCUGUUUGAAAAGAAUUGGGAAAAUAAAUCCAAUGCUUUGUCUAUGUCCUCCCGGCAGGUUUUACAGGAGAAAAAGGCAUCCAGGGACCAAGGGGACUAAAGGGCCCUAGCGGCGCCGAUGGCCUACAGGGGGAGAAAGGGGAUAUGGGACCCGAAGGGCCCAAA